GUAGGUGUGAUAUUACGUUUAAUAAGAGUACUGUACUAUAUUGGAGGUGUAGAUUAAACAUAACGAUUUUAUAAACACUUCAAUGCUUAAAAUAUGGUACCUCAAAAGAUAUGUCGUAGCAAUACUAUCCUUUUUUGGUUUUAUGAAUAUCUAUGCCUUACGUUCAAACUUGAGUAUUGCUAUAGUGGAUAUGACACAACUGAAGAAUGUUUCCUUGCAAAACGGGACUAACGUAUUAGAAAGAGAAUUUGAAUGGAAUUCGACGUUGCAAGGUUACGUCCUCAGUUCAUUUUUUUAUGGGUACAUCUUUACACAAAUCAUUGGAGGAUUUUUGGCCGCUAAAAUUGGAGGCGCUAGAGUUUUCGGGCUGGGAAUUGCCUCUACUUCCUUAUUAACUUUGGUUACUCCGUGGAUUGCAAAAACUAGUGUAUACUUUCUAAUUGCAAUCAGGAUUUUAGAAGGGGCUCUUGAGGGUGUCACCUAUCCUGCUAUGCAGGAAAUAUGGUCGCAUUGGGCCCCUCCUUCGGAAAAAAGUCGUUUAGUUAGCAUUGCAGGGUCAGGCAGCUAUUUUGGGGCCGUAGUGGCAAUGCCUGUUUGUUCACUACUAGCGACGUCUUUUGGUUGGGAAAGUAUAUUCUACACAUUUGGUGUAAUUGGAUUCAUUUGGUACGCAAUAUGGCUGCUAGUAGUCGCAGAUACUCCAUCCACAGACAAAUAUAUAAAAGAAAAGGAAGUAAAUUAUAUAAACGAAGCCAUUAGUUCUAUUAAAAGUGAUGAAAAAAUCAGCACCCCUUGGUGUACUAUUUUAAAGUCACGUGCAGUAUUGGCAAGUACCGUUUGUUUAUGUUGUGAAACUUGGGGAUUUUAUACGCUAUUAACAUUUUUGCCUCAAAUGAUGAAAUCCCUUUUAGGAUUUGAUCUCAACCAAGCUGGAUUUCUCUCAGCAUUGCCUUAUUUAGCCAUGUCUAUUAUGGUACAAGUUGGUGGUUACCUAGCUGAUUAUAUAUUAGGCAAAAAAUACCUUACUACGACACAAACAAGAAAAUUAGGGAUUAUAGUGGGUUUUACGUUCCAAGGUCUAUUUAUUCUUAUUGCUGGAUAUUGGAUAUCUAAAUUUGGAACUCCUUUUUGUCUAGUCACUGCUGUCGGAUUGGGCGGACUGGCCUUAAGCUCAUUGCUAAUUAAUCCACUGGAUAUAGCUCCAAAAUUUGCCGGAGUUAUAUUUGGCAUUAAUAACACAUUUGCGACCAUACCCGGAAUAGUCUCGCCGAUUUUAACUGGAUAUAUAGUGACUGACCAAACCAGUGUUGCUCAGUGGAGGAUAGUGUUUUAUAUAGCUUCAGCUAUUUACUUGUUUGGAGCAAUCUUCAGUUUUCUAUUUACUGAUGGAAAACAGCAAUCUUGGGCAGAUAUAACAGUUCCUCAUAACAACGGACUGGAGUCAGCUAUUGGUUAUGAAAACCACACGGUUGAAGUCGAUCGUUCUGACUAUGCAAACAAGACAUCACAAAUCAAGUAGUUCUGCUUGUAUUUAUAAAUUUUUUAAUAAAGUAUUU